AUGAAGGCUGUCGUAUUCGAGGGACCGUAUCGUGUCUCUGUGCAAGAUCGUCCGCUGCCACAGAUCCAAAACAGCAAAGACAUCAUCGUCAAAGUCGAGGCAACUGCACUAUGUGGCUCCGAGCUUCAUGUCUACCGUGGACAUCAGAAGUCAAGCGAUGGGUUUAUCAUGGGCCACGAAUUUACUGGAACCGUUCACCAGGUUGGAUCUGAUGUCCACACAGUUCAAAUCGGUGACAGAAUCGUUUCCCCAUUUACUGUCUCAUGUGGCGAGUGUUUCUAUUGCGCCAGGGGCUUCACGGCUCGUUGCGAACAAAGUUUGCUGUUCGGCUCAGCCGGCCUUGAUGGUGGACAAGCAGAAUACGUGCGAGUGCCUUUCGCCGAUAGCACUGUUUUCAAAGCUCCCGAGGCCAUCUCCGACCGUGCUCUGCUUCUGAUGGCGGAUAUUUUUCCAACGGGAUACUACGGUGUCAAAAGCGCCACUCAACUGUCCUCCGCAAUAGAGAUCAAAGACUCAACUGUUGUCGUGAUAGGGUGCGGUCCGGUUGGUCUUUGUGCCAUCACUUGCGCCUCUGCUCUCAAUCCUCGCCAUCUUUUUGCCGUUGAUGCAGUGGAUAGCCGCUUGGAGAUUGCCGAAGAAAUAGGAGCGAAACCCCUCAACUUCCAAAAAGACCCCGAGGGAAUGCGUAGGCAAGUGCUGGAAGCAACGCAAGGUCGUGGGGCUGACAUUGUCAUCGAAGCGGUUGGCCUCUCGCCUGCGCUUCGGACCGCUUUUGACCUUGUGCGACAGUUUGGGGUGAUAAGCAGCAUUGGGGUUCAUAACGCCGAGAUUCCAUGGUCUGGAAAUGAGGCUUAUGGAAAAAACGUCCGUCUUCAAAUGGGAAGAUGCCCAGUGAGGCAUGUUUUCGCAGAAGCUUUGGAAGUUCUGGAGCAGAAGCAGAAACAACUGGAAUUCAUGUUUGAACAUGUCAUGCCACUUAGUCAGGCCACCGAAGGCUAUGAUCUCUUUGACAAGAUGAAAGUGCAAAAAGUGAUAUUCCGCCCAUAG